AUCAUUCGAUAACAAUGGUCAGGGCAAGGUACCCUCCUUGUUGUUGCAGUAUGAUGGUGCACAAAAUCUUCAUGUAAUCUACCCUCGUGAAAGAGCGUCGCCGAAUUCACCUUUUGGCAUCGUCUAUCCGAUGCCAACAUGGGAACAACGGGAUUGUCUUCUGCUGUCGCCUUGCCAAAGGCUUUACAAUGGGACUUGUCAACCCGACGGGGCCUGUGUUUGUCCAGAGCCCCUCACUUCGCUUCCUACCAAGGGGACCAGCGCCACGUGCAAGGAGAAAAUUCCCAUUGAAGAUAUGGGAUUCAUAAACUCGGGAAUCGUUCGGGUGGGCUAUUCCAUGGUGGCCAUUCAGGCUGGUUUGUCGCUAUUCUUCUUGGGGUGGACAUGGAAACAUAGAAAUCAAAGCGGUGUUGUGCGAUUAUCGCAACCCAUCUUUCUGGGUGUUAUUGCCGUAGGGGCGCUGGUCAUGGCAAUGGCCAUCAUCCCCAUGGCAACCGAAACAGGGUAUCGGUGGCAAAUCGAAGCCGGCAAUCCAUCCGAACAGACCAAAGUACCCAACCCGGACAUUCGCAUGGUCGAUGCCGCUUGCAUGGCGUGGUUAUGGUUGGUGGCAUUGGGGUUUGUCAUGAUCUACGCCGGUUUAUUCGCCAAGCUUUGGAGAGUCAAAAUGCUUAUGAAUUCGGCAGCAACCAUGCGACGUCGAGAGAUAACCCCCCGAGAUGUCGGGUACAUCAUGGUUAUUAUGUUGCUGUUGGAGGGCACCAUCUUGUUGGUUUGGCAGCUUGUUGCCCCCCUUCAGUGGCAGCGAGAGAUUGUGCUAUCGGACGAACACGGGUACCCAUUGAAGUCUGUUGGGCGAUGUACUUCAGACCAUGCCGGAGCAUUUGGUGCGGCCCUUGCGAUCCUCAAUGGAGGGUGUCUUGUCUAUGCACUUGUUCUGGCUUACUCAGAAAGAAACAUGCCAACGCAAUUGUCAGAAGGCACCUGGAUUGCUCUCAGUGUGGGAUCCACAUUCCAAAUUCUCCUCUUGUCAAUCCCCACACUUGUGAUAGCCCACGACGACACCAAUGCCAGUUUCUUUGUUCGAUCCACCAUCAUCUUUCUGGUCAGCAGCACGUCCACGCUACUCAUCUUCGGACCCAAAUUCUAUCGACUACACUUUGCCAAGGCGGAAGAACCAAGUGAUCGACGGGGUUCGACGCGGAUAUCUGGGCUAAAUUUCCCCAAUUCCAGCCCCAUGACCAGCAGGUACUCCAGCCGAAUUUCUUCCCGUUACUCCAGUGCAAGAUUUAGCGUUGCGAACAACUUCAGCAAUCACCCAAGCGGCGAAUUCAGCAUCUCAGCCACUGAGCUAGAAAGAGAGUUGGAGCUGCCGCGCAAAGACGACGACGAUACCUGUGGUAGCGGUUUUACAAGAGCUGUCACGACGGCCAACGGAACAUUGCCAGAGAGGGUGUCUGAGGAGGCGUCGAUAAGAGACUCUAUUGUGGAAGAGACGAAGGACGCCCAAGAUGCGCCCUUUGGUCCAGACGCCGAGGAGAAUGUUCCAUGCACCGAGGGUGUGUAGCCAGCACGAACACAAUCAUUAGCUUGGGUCCAUCAAGCUAGAAUAGAUGAAUUAUCAUGGAUGGGGCCCAAUUUAUUGCUGCAGGUGCGGUCUGUCAGAGGCAGCUUCAGACAGAUGUGUACCAUGGCUUCACUGAGUACCCAUCAGCACUGGCAAUGUCAUCGGGAACGAUGCAGCUUUGGACGAGGAGUCUCAUUCAGUGGGCAGGAGGUAACUUUCGCGCACAAAACCAAAGCACCCAGAGGCAGUGAAUCAUUUGCAUCUAAACACCGCUGUGCACAUGUUGAAAACGGGGAAAACUGACUGAACCAUCUGGCUUGCAAGCUGUUCUCGGUCUUCUGAUCAGAGUUGUUGGGUUGCAAGAGAAGGACGAGGUCAAAAGCUAAUUGACGUCAAGAUAUCGGUAUGACAUCCAAUCAUUUGGAAAACGCACACGUUGAAAGUAUGGGUACUGCAAUGGUGCGAAGCAUUGGCCAGUUGCAGGAUAGCACACAACUGCUGGGGAUUAUCUACUGAACUGCUACCAAGAAGCAUUGGGAUUCUGGUGUUUAAUAAUCAAUCUACAGGUAGGGACUCUGUAGCAUGGCAAAGCUAAUCACUUUGUACCAUAUUUCUGCUGUUAGUUUUGCAGAAUGGCUGUUACUUCUGAGUGCGGACCAUAAGGCUGAAAAAUUGAAAACAGCGACCGGUUGAGCACUCUCUUAUUUGAUACACACAUCUUUCAUUUUUUGACUGUAUCUUGGAGAGUCCUUACGGUGCGGUGAACCACCACAUUCCAAUUUAGCCGCUUGUGUGUUACCGGUAGAAUUCCUCGGAUAGAUUUCAAACUAUAGGUAGAUUGCGCACAGGAAUCCAUCAGGGAUACAAAGGCUUCAUUCUCCCAGGAGGCAAUUUGCUUCAUAAUGGCUGGGGCCAAUUCGCCUUCCACCGUUUUCGGGGAGAAUCCUCUUGUGGAUCGAAGUUGAAAGUUCCCCCCCUCAAAGGAGAAGGAGCAAAUGUUUAAUUUUCCCAAUAUUGAUGCAUCUGAUUUGAUGGUCCAUUCAGCGGACCAGAAACCUGUUCGGCUCUUUGCUUCAUCCACCCGUUCGGCAUAUGUUCGCAAUACAACUUCAUCAUUGUUGCUUCCUGGAGAAAUGUCUCCACGAGAGAUAACAUCCUUUCCACCACUGUAGAUCCCAUCUUGGUACUUGGUCAGCUCUUCUUUCAAUGAAGCCGCCAUAGGAUGGGACAGGUCUUCUUGAGUCGCAGCGCAAGUAUUACGCUGAUGGUGAUUUCUUAUUUCGGCCCAAGCAUCAUCUGGAACCGAAGAACCUGCAAGCUUCUGCAUGUCCUCCAACAAAGCAUUGAAUUUACCAGCAGGUGCUGAUUGCAGCACUUCUCUAAUGAACUCUAGUUGGUCAGGGGAGGCCAUGGUGGUAUCUUCCUCAAUCUGACAGGAUAUAAACAAGCACUUUCACGCACAUUCCACGCACAUCCCCAAUGCUUUCAACGGAGAAGGAUCUUUAGAAAACUCAGCAAGGCUGCUGGCAUACCGGUACAGUGCACAGUGUGCAUGUACGGGUGUCUCCGCUUUGGGUUUCGCCUUUUGGCAACCCAUCAUCUUUCCAUCGACUACAGCAUCGUUCGGUACAUUAUGUUACUAACACCACACCAAGGCAUAUUAUCCCCUUCGUCUGCAUGGACUGGACGACACUGUCUUCGCAUGCUCGGAAGACAAAACUGAAAUGAGGAAAAUAAAAGCAUGCACUGGUGGAAUUGUUAUGGCUACAUGCAACAUUAAUACCGGUUUCGAAAAAGAACUUUUUGCGCACGGUGGGUAAUGUUUCGCUGCAUAAAUAAAUAUAACUUGGCCGGUUCCCCUACCGGUACAUGAGGAGACCGAACCAG